CCGCCAAUAUUGUCCGGCAUGUUCUGCUGCGUUGCUAUGUAGUUUGUUAACACAUUUGUGUUUAUCCUGUUUAUUUACUUCUUAAAAUUAUUUAACACAAUCUUUAAUUCAGUUUUUAACGUGCUUUUUAUUCGAGUAAUUUGAAAAGUACAUAUUUUUUAAAAUGGAUGACUCGCAGCCUUCCUCAGGGAGGGUGAAACGUCAAAAACUUGACAAAGCCGGACGCUUUUCGGCCUUAGAGAAAUUAAGGCAAUUAAAAGGUGCCAAAAAUAAAUAUGAAGUCGAUAAUUUGGAAAAUGUUUAUGAUCAAGUGGAGGAGAAGGAAUAUAAUAGAAAAGUUUUGGAUCGACAAGCUGACGACUGGAUAGUCGAUGAUGGUGGUGGAGGCUACGUUGAAGAUGGCAGAGAAAUAUUCGACGACGAUAUGGAUGAGGACAGUAUUCAAGCUGCAAAGCAAACAAGUACAAUGGGUCCAAGAAAAAAGGCAAAAAUCGCCGCUAAAAAUAAAGGAAACAUUAAAAAUUUGUUUAUGAAUAUGGCUUCAAAGGCUAAGGUCGCUGAAAAAAUAAACGACGAUAAUAUUCUUGGUGAUCUUAUGUCAGAAUUAAAAAGCGAGGACAACACACCAAAUCGUUCAGUUAAACGGAAAAAUAAAUUUGCCGUUACAAAACCAGAAGCUUCUUCGGCUUCAAAAGUUUCAAAAACCAAUCUGGAGGAUACACUGGCAAAAAUUGAAGCUGACGAGAAUAUGUUGAUUAUCGAUGCGCCAAGUAAAAAUUCUUCAAAAUUAAAUGUAAAGAAAGAACGGAGUUCGAUUUUAGAACAAAAUAGUAGUCAGGUGAUUGAGGAUUUUGACGAUUCAUAUACAAAUGAAAUUCACGAUUCUGGUAAACCUUCGAGUCAAAUAAUUGAGGAUCCUGAUACAAAUGAUACUCCAAGUUCGAAAGAUGUUGGUUCUAGUCAAAUUAUCGAAGAUCCAGACAGUGAAGAUGUUAAACCGAUAUUAAGCCUUGAAAACAUUCCCGAUAUGAAAGAUUUUGAGGACUCGGAGUUUUCAAUUUGCAAAACGAAAACAGAGGAAAUAGCAAAAUCAGUUCAAGUUGCUUCUGAAAUGGACAAAAUGGAUUCAAGUGAAAUGAUUCUAGAUUGGGAAGAUGAUUUCAAAUUUCAAGCGGAUGAAAUUAAGGAAACGAGCGAUGACAAAAAUAUAACAUUACCCUUAAGUACAAAUGAGGCGGGAGAAAGUACUUUUCGAUUUUAUUGGUGGGACGCUUAUGAGGAUCCAUAUCGUAUGCCCGGUACUGUUAAUCUUUUUGGCAAAUUUUACUUGGAGUCGAGUAAAACAUACGUUUCUUGUUGCGUUGUGGUGAAGAAUAUUCCUCGGCGAAUUUACAUUUUACCAAGAGAACAGUUGAAACCGGUAUUGAAAGAUGAAGAAUCGAGGGAAACAACAAUGGAGGACGUUUACGAUGAAUUUAAUAAUUACGCUGGAAGAAAUGGCAUCAAGGAAUUUCGUUCAAUGAAAGUAACGAAGAAUUAUUCUUUUGAACGUGAAGGCACGCCAAAGACUGCGGAGUAUAUGGAGGUUCGAUAUUCAGCAUCGUAUCCACAAUUGGAUGCCUCUUACAGUGGACGAGCAAUUGAAGCGGUUUUUGGAACGUCUGUCAAUGCCUUGGAAUAUCUGUUGAUCGAGAGAAAUAUCAAGGGUCCUUGUUGGUUAGAUAUCAAGUGUCCAACUGUCGUUGAUAAUCCCUUCACUUGGUGUAAAUUUCAGGUGAAUUGCUUGAAACCGGAAAAUAUAACAGUUGUUAAUCGAGAUUUACAAAAAGCAAUACCACCAAUGGUUGUUGCUACUUUGAACGUUCGAUCGGCUUUAAAUCCAAAACAUCAUCAAAAUGAAGUUGUUAUGGUGGGUGUUUUACUGCAGCAUAAAUAUCAAAUUGAUAAAGCAGCGCCGAAACCUCAUUUUGAUCAACAUUAUUGUCUUAUAACGCAUCCGAAAGAAGUUCCCUGGCCGUUGCAUGCGAAAGAUCGACUUUCGAAAAUCAAAAAUACGAAUAUGAUUCGUUGUGACUCGGAGCGCGAUUUACUUGAGGAAUUAUUGAAAAUCAUACAAAAAUCCGAUCCAGAUAUGAUUCUUGGCUAUGACACUGGUUUUCAAUUUGAUCUCCUCAUGCAUCGAAUUCUCAAAUGUUCGGUGUCAAAUUGGAGUCGAAUGGGAAAAUUGAGAAGAUCUCAACCCCCAAUGUUUAAGGGAAAAGUAAAUGUGGCCGCAGCAUUUUGUGGCAGACCAAUUUGUGAUAUUCAAACUUCAGCGAAAGAAUUAAAUUUAAAAGUGAGAAGUUAUGAUCUCCAAUCGCUUUGUGUUGCGGUUCUUAAAAAGAAUGAAAAGGAGUGCAAAGAAAUAACUCCAGUAGAGUGUAUCAAAUUUUACAAUACGGUGGAAAAAAUAGAAAAUCUCGUAAGACUGACAAUGCUCGAAGCAUCGAACAUUAUUUCCAUAGUUUUCGAAUUGAAUAUAAUCCCUCUCGCCCUACAAAUUACGUGCAUUGCCGGUAACAUUCUUUCGAGAACAUUAUCUGCUGGUCGAGCUGAAAGAAAUGAAUAUCUUCUAUUGCACGCUUUCCACGAAAGGGGCUACAUUACUCCCGAUAAGAAGCAAAAUAAGAAGGGGAAGGACGUUACUGAGAGUCGCAGAAAAAAACCAGCUUACGCCGGUGGUUUGGUAUUAGAUCCAAAGAAAGGAUUUUAUGAGAAAUUAAUUUUACUAAUGGACUUUAAUUCAUUGUAUCCGAGUAUUAUUCAAGAAUAUAAUUUAUGUUUCACAACUGUUCCUGGCGCAGCAUUCGCUGACUUUGAGGAUUUAAAUCUUCCGGAAACGGAUUUAGAACCGGGAGUGGUACCAACGGAAAUUCGUAAAUUGGUUGAAAGUCGUGUGCAAGUAAAGCAAAUGAUGAAAGCUCAGUAUCUUGCGCCAGAGUUAAAAAUGCAAUACAAUAUUAGACAGAUGGCUUUGAAGCUAACAGCAAAUUCAAUGUACGGUUGUCUGGGAGCGACACAUUGUCGAUUUUACGCGAAAGGAUUGGCAGCUUUAGUAACAGCAAAAGGAAGAGAAAUUUUGCAAAGUACAAAACGUCUUGUGGAGAAAUUAAACUAUGAAGUAAUUUACGGUGACACUGAUUCAAUCAUGAUCAACACGAAUAUCGUUGAUUACGAUGAAGUUUUUUCUAUCGGAAAAAGGAUCAAACAGGAAGUCAAUAAACUUUAUCGAAAAGUGGAAUUAGACAUCGAUGGGGUUUUCAAAUAUUUGUUGCUUUUGCAAAAGAAGAAAUACGCUGCAGUUACUAUGUCAAAGGCAGCAAGUGGAAAAAUUAUCUUAAAUCAAGAGCACAAGGGUCUUGAUAUUGUCAGAAGGGAUUGGUGUCCAUUAGCUAGCGAAACUGGAAAAACUAUUUUGGAUCAAUUGCUAUGUGAUCAGCUCAGUGAAAUUCGAAUGGAAAAUAUUUUCACAUAUUUGCAAAAAGUUGCGACAAUGGUGAAGGAAAAUUCCGUCCCACUAUCGAAGCUUGUAAUUACUAAGCAAUUGUCAAAAGAUCCAAAUGAUUAUCCAGAUAAAAAGCAAGCUCACGUUUUGGUUGCUCUAAGACUGAAUAAAGAGGGCGGAAGAAUGUGGAAAGCUGGUGACACUAUUCCUUAUAUUGUUUGCGACGAUGGUACAGAUAAAUCAGCAACGGAGAGAGCCUAUCAUAUUGAGGAAUAUAAUAAAAACAUCAAUGUUUUUAAAAUAGACGCCGAUUAUUAUUUACUGAGUCAAGUAUUUCCCGUUAUUAAUCGAAUUUGUGAGCCGAUUGAUGGGAUCGAUGAUGCUCUACUAGCAGAACAUUUGGGUAUUGCACAUUUGCAUAAAUCAAAGAGACCGAUUUACGAGCAAGAAGAAACGCACAUUGCACCAUCGAUUGAUGAAGAUAAAUUCAAAUAUUGCAUUCCAUUGAAAUUAAAGUGUCAGAAUGAAAGCUGCAAAGCAGAAAUUGAAAUAAGCGAUGUUGUUAUUGAUAACGGUACAAGUGUUGAACCGUCUUUAAUGAAGUGCUCAAAUCCCGAUUGCAAAUUACAACCUUGGACAAAUAAAGAUUCAAUAAUUAAUACAAUACAAUUGGAAAUUAGAAAAAUAGUUACCGAUUAUUAUCGCGGAUGGUUAGAGUGCGAAAAUCCAAUUUGCAAUUAUCGAACUAGAUACAUUCCAUUAUGUCCGUCUGGAAAUAAUUUAAAGUGCACUCAAUGUCAAAAUGCCAACAUGCAUCGAGUCUAUUCGGAGUCACAGUUAUACAAGCAACUUUCAUUUUACGUGCAUAUAUUUAAUUUGAAUGACAGGAGUUUAAAAAAAUAUAAUUUUAAUAAUGUUUUGUCGAGGGAAUGUAGAGCUGCUUAUGAUACUAUAAAGGAGCAUGUCGAAAAGCAAUUGAGACGAAACAGUUUUUCAGUAGUUAAUUUGGACAACAUUUCUGCCAAAACCGUGACGAAGGGAGGUUUUCAAGCGAAACUUGAAGAAGAGUGGUCCGACUUCGAAGACGAUGAAGAAGAUUUUGUAACGAAUGCCAGUCAAUAUUUCAAUCAAAGUCAGGCAGCGAAAAAUUCACAACCAAUUUCACAGGUAAAAUCAACGCACGUAACUCAAGUGAGACCGCACCAAUUGCCUCAAAUGAAGGCUCUAUCUCAAUCAAUGUCUCAAGUAAAAUCACAAGAGGUGUCUCAAGUAAAAUCACAAGAGGUUUCUCAAGUAAAAACCCAAGAUCUGUCUCAAGUGAAAUCACAAGAAAUGUCACAAGCAGCGUCACAAUCAACAUCUCAGGUUAAAUCAAACGAAAAAUCUCAACCACCAUCGCAAACAAUAUCUCAAGCACAAACGCAGCAAGAAUUACCAAAUCAAGAUGACAUGAAUGUCCCCGCUGAGUUACUUGAUGAAUUAUUUUAAUCACCACUUUAUCCAAAAGUUGUAAAUACGCAAAUACUAGUUGUAAUUAACAAUUUCAUUCCUUUUUUUUUAUUUAAUGACUAACUAAAUGUAUAAAUUUUUUCCCAUUAUGAUCCAAUGAUAACAGGAAUAAUAAAUUUCAUUCAUUUAAAAAAAAA